UUUUAUAUACAAGCUGUCAUCACAAUACUUUGUGUUGUCAAUUUGUUCGAUUUGCUCAUAAAUUGUUUUUAAUUUGUUUGCGUUUUGCAUUAUUUUUAAAAUAAGACAAAUUAAUAAACACACAACAUUUCAAUUGAAAUAGAAAAUCACAAAACACAAAUUACCAAAACUAUGCUCAUAAUUAUUGUCUGCAACAUUUGCCUAACGUUUAAUUAAAAAACCUUCAAAAAUGGAGGAACACAUCAAUCCCACGAUUCUUGAUAAUUUUGAAAACAAUUGCGAAAGUAUGGAUAUCAAGAGAACAAACCAACAAGGGGUUCUGAGGGGUGUUGUCGAUAGUGGGAAUCUACAAUUCAUGAACAUCCAUAGCCGAGAUCAAGAAUUCAUAGACCAUACUCUCCUUGGGCCGGAGUAUAUUGGCAAUACCAUAUCAAAUAGUUUCAUGAUUGACCUGAUGGACGAGGAACAGCAUGAUCCUUCUGUCCAGGCAUCUGCUGACUGUCCAAUAGCAUCCUUGGGCUCGAAUGAAGCGUUUCCCUCUGAAGCACAACUGCAUACAAUACUCCAAUUUGUCAAUAGACAGGGUCACGUCAGGAAUCAACCAGGCAUAAAUAUCGUGGAGAGUUCAAAUGAUCAUCUUAUUCAUCACAGCGACAAAGACAUCAUUGAGUCUGAGUUCCUGGCAAUACAUGGCAACUUGUUGAAUGAUCAGAAUUUCAAACUAUUUUGUAGCCAGCAAAUCAUCCCAAUCCAAGAAGGUCUGGGCUCGGAUUUAAAUGUGCCUCCACUCCAAAGUCUGCCAGCAACAUCAUCACUUCCCACAACAACUACAUGGCUUAAAAAAGAGACCUACAAAGAUCCCCCCCAAGAGACACCUGAUUUGAUGGGUGGACCGUUGGGGGCGACAGCCAAGAAAGUUCUUCCACACAAGAAACGAAUUUCCAAGAAGUUAAAAAAUCUCGAUAAAGAUGAGGUUGCCAAUUUUGACAUGGCUAUUAGCCCAGAAAGUCCUCCUCGGAUAAAUCGAUUUGUGGUAUCCAAUGGGUCACAUUAUGAAUGCGAGUUAUGCGGGGCUGUUUCUGAAACGCAAGUACAAUUCUUCUCCCACCUAAAAGGUCACUACGAACCUAGCAGCAUUGUAAAAGAGACUGAGUGCCCAAUGCAGAGAAUCCCAACCACUUCCAUUAUUGCCGUUGUGGACGAACCAGUACUCAAAGAAACUGAAUCACCAUCAACUGCUGUUGUCCAGGAUCAUCAGGUCUUCAAUGAAGUUGAGCUGAACUUUGAUAAUUUCAACGAAGUAGUCGAGCUAACUGCCCAAGAGCAUCACCAUCAGCAACACCACGAAAACGCUCCCAGUUCAACUGAUAUGAAAAUUCUAGACUCAAAUUCCAUCGAAGAGUGCAUGGAGUAUGUUGUGCAAGCACAAGAACCUACACAAGUUGUGUGUAAUGUUCACGAAGAGGUUGAAUUCAGCGAUACUGAGGACAUGUUGGAGGGCAUCCGGGGUGUCGUGGAUAAGGUUUCGAUUGAUGAUACUUCCAACGAUCUUGACAUGCAUCCAAGGGACAUUUCCAAAGAAUCUUGGUUCACAAAUAAUGCAUUCAAUGGCAUUCCGUUCAAAGAAGAAAUUAUCACCAAUGAGGACUUUGAAAGACGUACGGAUCUCAUGCAAAUGGCAACAACCCACGAAACCGCAGACGAUCAUAAGACGCCUAUUAACUCCCCUUCUGAAUUUAAAGAUGAAGAUUUCAAUGACAAUACUCAUGAAGGUGGAAGCUCUGAGCUAAAUGAUUCCAUAAAUGUUCAGGAAAAUGCAAAUGUUAAGCGCAGAGGUCGCCCUCGAAGUACUGCUGUAAAGAAGCCUCCCAAAGUCCCACACACCGACGAUGACGAUGAAAGCUCACAAGAGUUCCCAGACAACAAUAAACGACGGUAUAUCUGCACAAAGUGCAAUCGAGAAUUCAACUCCUGCAAUGCCCUGAAGUAUCACAAUCUAUCACACACCGGGGAACGGCCUCACCAGUGUGAAGUCUGUGGAAAGUCAUUCUACGCGCAAAGUGCCCUAAAAUCACACAUGCGAUUGCACACUGGCGACAAGCCGUACGAAUGCGAACAGUGCCAUCGUAAAUUUAGGCAGUGGAGCGAUUUGAAAUACCACAUCGUCUCUAUUCAUUCCGAUGUCAAGAAUUACACCUGUGAGUUCUGCGGCAAGUCCUUCUCGCGGAAAUAUUCGCUGGUCAUACACCGACGGAUCCAUACGAGUGAACGGAAUUACAAGUGCGAGUUCUGUCCGAAGUCGUUCCGGGCAAGUUCAUACUUGCAGAAUCAUCGUAAAAUUCACACCGGUGAAAAACCAUACACAUGCGAAACGUGUGGCAAAAAGUUUCGAGUGGGUGGGGACUUACGAAGGCAUUUCAAGACCCAUGAGCGUAAAGCACAAACUGAUUUAAAAAACACAAACUCAAACCCUAACGUCGAAGUGCCUGUGACUGUGCAAUCAAAAAAUCCUAAUGUAAACAAAUUAAAUGAAAUGGUCGACGAUAUCAAAAAUGAUGUUCUCUUGAAAAUAGAGUACCAAAAGGAGAGUAAAGAUGACUUGUUAUUUCUGGAUAAGAUGGCAAGCAAAAUAAAUCAUCUAUUUAAGACUGAAGAAGAUUUUGUAAAUGAAGAUUUAGGGAACUCAGACCUCUCGUUUGCAACUUAGUUUUAUUUUAACUACAUAUAUACUGUACAUAUUUUAUUUUAAUUUAUAUAUAUUAAUUAAUUUCUGGAAAAAUGAGAACCUUACUUAGCUUAAUACAACUAAAACAUUACUCCUUUAAAUUUAUCAUAUAUUUAAAAUAGCUGCCUGGAAAUAGUAUAUUAUUUUUGUUUCUAAUUUAAAUACAAUUCUCUAUUAUUCGGAUCCUGUAUCAAAAAAACCAAAGAAAAUAUUAAAUAAUUGAAUUCAGUUUUAUAUUCAAUAUAGUCUCGUUGUUCUCGUGAGCUCAACUAAAACCUAUCAACUGUGUAUCUAAACCUUUUUAUGAAUUAUUCCUUAAUUAUUCUGUUAAUAUUUUGUAAUUAUUUUCCGUUAAGUUGCAAUAAAGUUCAAAAUA